UACACAGUCACUACUUAUGCUUCUAGUGUUCUUGUAUAUCUUAAUAAAACAUUUCGUUACAUUUCUUACUCCAAUUCAACAAAUGUAACUGUUUUUUGCCUAAUGUCUCCGUUAAUUGUGAAAACGAUUCCUCUAUUUAGUCUAGUAGCUCAGAAACAAUGGAUUAAAUUAUCUCUUGGAAAACCUUUCAUAUUAAAUAUAUAUCAAGACAAAGGGUCAUAUAUGAAUUACUCUAUAGAUUGGGGUGAUGGUACUUACUCAUAUAAUAAUCAGUCAGUUAUGAAUCUAAAACUUUGUUCUCCUGUUUCAUUUCAUAUGAUUCAUUCAUAUGAAAAAGAGAAUACAUACAAUCUUAUUGUAACAAGCAGUAAUGCUUUGCAGACUCUGAGUUUAAGUUAUUUCAUUGAAGUAUUAUUUUGUUCUGUGCCAGAGGUUAGAUUUUCUUAUGGAACUAUUUUAGAUCCAGUAACUGUUUUUCGAAGUGUCUCAAAAAAUUUUACUGCUACUGUUGAUAGUGUUAGACAGUAUUGCAAAAAUGAAAGUUUUAGUUUUCAAUGGAGUCUGAAUAGUUCUAUUUCAGCAAUAAACUCAAUAGAAGGGAUCCUAUCUCAACAAAAAGUAACCUACACAAUCCUAAAAAAUUCGCUUGAUUUUGGUACAUACUAUUUAAGGUUACGGUAUUUCUAUGGACAUAGUUAUUAUGAUUAUUAUGCUUACAUAAACGUCACGUUUUUACCUUUAUCUAUGAGCAUUCAGAAUGGCCUUUUGGCUUCUUAUGCUUAUAAAAUAUACAAUGGAAACAAUAGUUAUUUUCAAAACAUUACAAUAAGUGCAAUAUCUAGUUAUGAUCCAGAUAAUCAGGAAAGUGGCAUUCAAAAUAUCACCUUUACCUGGAGUUGUAAAGUUGCUUCUGAUUUUUUAGAAGCAAGUUAUGCCAUGAAAAAUUUUACCAAGUUAGGAUUAAAUUAUUCUAGUAAUACAUGUUUUAAUCAAACAUGGAUGGAUAUUUCUUCAAACAGCCCUAAUAUAAAAUUCAGCACACAACAGUUUUUAGAAGGAAUUAAUUAUAAUAUUAAAGUUUGUGGAACAAAAGUUGCUGGAAGAGAUAUACAUUUAAAUGAACUAGUCAAGACUAACUGUUUUGUUCAAGAAAUUCUUCUUGUUGAACGAAAUAUACCAAUCAUUGCUUUAAUGUGCAUAUCUAAUUGUGAUGAAAAAUUGAAUUUUCAAAAGCCUGUUAUGUAUUUAUUUAUUUGUUCAAAUUGUGUUUCUCAAAGAUUAGCAGUAGAUUGGACUAUAACAAAUGAUUUUGGCGCGGUUAAUUUAAAAAACUUGUCAAUACUUCAAACAAAUCGUCUUACCCUAAAUUUAAUUAAUUAUAACACACGCGUUUUUUUCGAAUCAACUAGCUACACUUUUAUAGUUGCAGUUGGUUUUGCUGAUGCAAUAAAUAGAGCCAAGUUUAAAUUUACAAAGACUACAUCUACGAAACCAACUUCAGGAUUUUGUUAUGUAGACCCAAUAAAAGGUUAUGCACUGGAAACUAAGUUUAACAUUUUUUGUAAUGAUUGGAAAGAUCCAGAUGGAUUGCUUAACUACAUGUUUUUUUAUGAUAAUGGCCAGUCACAACGCAGGAAUCUUACCAGUAAAACAGCAAUUGCCUAUCCUAUAUUAAAUGUAUCAUCUACUGAUGAGCCUAAUUUAAUUGACUUUAUAUUGGAACCUGGUGAUGAAAAUAAUGAAUUCAAUGUAAGAAUCAUAAUAAAAGUGAUUGGAAAGUACAAAGCAUAUACUAAAAGCAUUCAUUACAUUAAGGUAAUUCCGAAUGUAAAAUAUGAAAACAUCACAAACUUUCAGGCUAACAAAGAGCAGUUUUGCAACCUUUCAUCUGGUUUUGUUUUAAAAGAGUUUGUUUUAACUUCUGGUUAUUUAACAAAGUUAAAUUUGAAGGUCUUAGAUAAAGGAACAUUGGAAGUUGCUGUGCUACAAGCAACUGACAUAAGUUUUUUGAAUGUAUCAUCACUAAACCAAUCACAAAAGUCAAAUGCACAUAAAAUAGUAACAGCUUUGGUUGUCAAAAAAUAUUUGUUCUUACUUAAUGAUACUGGAGUUCUUGAAAUAUCAUUUAAAAACAAUUACAGUGAUGUUCAAGAAAAUGACAUGAUAUGGAUUGAUGGAAAUGAUAGUUUGAUUUAUAAUAGAACAGACAAUGAACCAAUGAAUGGAAUUCAACUUAAUAAAACAAUAACCUUUUCUACAUGUAAUGCUUCCAGCAAAGGUUUUUUUAUAUUAUUUUUUGUAUCAAAGCCAUUUGAAUAUUUGAUUCCAAUCAAUGGAGUGGGAUUACCUAAUUUUUAUGUAAAUGUCUCCAAUUACAUGCCAUCUUUUCAAAGAGUGAAUGAUUUAUUUCUGAUUCAGACUCCAGUUUCUGGUUUACGAUUUGCUGAAAAUAAUCCAUUUCCAAAAAAUAUUGCAGGCUACAAGCUUAACAGCUUGUUACCAUUAAAAGCUGUCAUACAAAACGGUUCAGAUGUUCGAUAUUUGUUUGAUAUUCCAAAGUUAAAUUAUUCUUUGAACAUAUCCAGUGGAGACGCAGUAACUUUUAACAUGACUAGUUUAGGUAUUUUUACAGUAUAUCUGACAGCAGCCGACCAUUUUAGUUCUGUUAAAACAUCGAUUGACAUUAUUGUUUCAUCAGAAAUUAAUGGUCUUUAUUUGAAUGUUGUAAAAGAACAGUUACAAUACUCAAAUUAUAACACCUCUGUGACCUUGUUUAAUGGAACAGAAGUUGGAUUAACGAUUGAUUUUGGUGAUGGAACAUCCCUUACAAAUUUAACAAACAUUAAUGGGACUGGUGUAGGUGGCUACACUUUUAUAAUCAAUCACACAUAUUCUGAAUGCGAUGUGUACACAGUCACUAUUUAUGCUUCUAAUGUUCUUGUGCAUCUUAAUGAAAAAAUUCGUUAUUCCUACUCUAAUUCAACAAACGUAACUGUUUUUUGCUUAAUGUCUCCAUUUGUUGUAAAAACAACUCCUUCAUUUAGUCUAGUGGCUCAGAAACAAUUGAUUAAGUUAUCUCUUGGAAAACCUUUUAUAUUAAGUAUAUAUCAAGAUAUCGGGUCAUAUAGGAAUUACUCUAUAGUAUGGGGUGAUGGUACUUACUCAUAUAAUAAUCAAUCAGUUAUGAAUCUAAAUGGUUAUUCUCCUGUUUCAUUUCAUAUGAUUCAUUUAUAUGAAAAACAGAAUACAUACAAUCUUAUUGCAACAAGCAGUAAUGCUUUGCAGACUCUGAGUUUUAGUUGUUACAUUGAAGUAAUAUUUUGUUCUGUGCCGGAGGUUAGAUUUUCCUAUGGAACUAUUUUAGAUCCAGUAAUUGUUUUUCGAAGUGUCUCAAAUGAUUUUACUGCUACUGUUGAUAGUGUUAGACAGUAUUGCGAAAAUGAAAGUUUUAGUUUUCAAUGGAGUCUGAAUAGUUCUAUUUCAGCAAUAAGUUCAAUAGAAGGAAUCCUAUCUCAACAAAAAGUAACCUACACAAUCCUAAAAAAUACGCUUGAUUUUGGUACAUACUAUUUAACGUUGCGAUAUUUCUAUGGAGAUAGUUAUUAUGAUUAUACUGCGUACAUAAAUGUUACGUUUUUACCAUUGUCUAUGAGCAUUCAGAAUGGCCUUUUGGCUUCUUAUGCUUAUAAAAUAUACAAUGGAAACGAUAGUUAUUUUCAAAACUUUACAAUAAGUGCAUUGUCUAGUUAUGAUCCAGAUAAUCAAGAAAGUGGCAUUCAAAAUAUCACCUUUACCUGGAGUUGUAAAGUUGCUUCUAAUUUUUUAGUAGCAAGUUAUGCCAUGGAAAAUUUUAUUAAGUUAGGAUUAAAUAAUUUUAGUAAUACAUGUUUUAGUCAAACAUGGAUGGAUAUUUCUUCAAAUAGUCCUGAAAUGAAUUUCAGCACAAAACAGUUUUUAGAAGGAAUUAAUUAUCAUAUUAAAGUUUGUGGAACAAAAGUUGCUGGAAGAGAUAUUUUUUUAAAUGAGCUAACAAAGAUUAACUGUUUUGUUCAAAAAUUUUAUAUUUUUGCAGAAGGUGUACCAAAUAUUGCUUUAACAUGCAUAUCCAACUGUGAUGAAAAACUGAAUUUUAAAGAGCUUGUAAUUUAUUCAUUUACAUGCGCAGAUUGUGCUUUUCAAAGAUUAGCAGCAGAGUGGAUUAUAACAAAUAGUUAUGGUGUUGUUCCUUCUGAGAUUUUGUCCGAAAAUGCUACAACUACCGGUUUUUUUACACCAAGUUUAGUUAUAAAUAAAGAUAUUCUUCAUGAAUCAACUAUCUACAAUUUUGCACUCCUGGUUGGUUUUGCAUCUUCAACAAAAAGAGCUAAGUUUAAUUUUACAAAAGCAACAUGUGCCCAACCAACUUCAGGAUUUUGUUAUGUAAACCCAAUAAAAGGUUAUGCACUUGAAACUAAGUUUAACAUUUUUUGCAAUGAUUGGAAAGAUCCAGAUGGGUUGCUUAACUACAUGUUUUUUUAUGAUAACGGCCAGUCACAACGCAGGAAUCUUACCAGUAAAACAGCAAUUGACUAUCCUUUAUUAAAUGUAGCAUCUACUGAUGAGCCUAAUUUAAUUGACUUUAUAUUGGAACCUGGUGAUGAAAAUAAUGAAUUCAAUGUGAGAAUCAUAAUAAAAGUGAUUGGAAAGUAUAAAGCAUAUACUGAAAGCAUUCAUUACAUUAAGGUAAUUCCGAAUGUAAAAUAUGAAAACAUCACAAACUUUCAGGCUAACAAAGAGCAGUUUUGCAACCUUUCAUCUGGUUUUGUUUUGAAAGAGUUUGUUUUAACUUCUGGUUAUUUAACAAAGUUAAAUUUGAAGGUCUUAGAUAAAGGAACAUUGGAAGUUGCUGUGCUACAAGCAACUGACAUAAGUUUUUUGAAUGUAUCAUCACUAAACCAAUCACAAAAGUCAAAUGCACAUAAAAUAGUAACAGCUUUGGUUGUCAAAAAAAACCUCUCAUGUCAAUGGACUUUAAAGUACCAGCAACAGUUGAAGGAAUACUUGACUGGUUUUCCCAAAAUAAUUCCCAUAAAUCUAACUCAGCAUGUAUUGAAGUAAAAUGAGGCAUAUCAGAUGAAAAGAAAUUUAAAAAUUCAUAAAAAUCAGAUUUCCAUGGUUUUUUAACUUGUAUUCUGGACAGUACAGUUGAAGGAACUGCUGCUAGACCUUUAUAAACAAACAUGCCAUUUUCUGGAAACCUAUUAUCUAGCUCAUUAAUAAGAUGUUCAAUUAAUGGAGAUGUAAUGCUGUGUUUAAAAUAGUCACAAACUGUAUUUGUUGGAUAAUUAUCCAGGUAAACCUGGACAUUACACAAUCUAGGUCUCACUUCUUGUAUAUCAAGAGUUUUGGCCAAACUAAGAGCGAUAGCGUACCAUUCACUGUGAUAUAUAUCAAUUUUAUUUUUAAUUUCUAAUAACAGAUUUUUUAGAUUAGUUAUUUCAAAACACUGCUGGGAUAUGUCAAAAGAUUUAGUUUGAAGAGUUACAGUAAUUGAAUUUGAAAAAAAACAGAAUUGAAAAAAAUCCAUUAAUUGUUUUGUAAUAACUAAACUUACAAUAAAAGAGAAAUCUGUUAAUAAUCUUAAAAAAAAGAGGAUUUGGAAGCAGUUUCACUGCUAUAUUCCUUUGACUCAUUUAACCCCAUCUCCUCAAAGCAUGAAUAAUAGGUAUAAAAUUAUCAAAAAAAAACAUCAAGACCUCUCAGCUUUUGAACCCAUCUUGUUCGACAAGUAUCUAUUAUUUUUUCUUGGUUUGGACCUAAAUAUUUUUUGAGACAGUUACUACGUUUAGGAGAUAAGUUAAAAAAAAAAUAUUUCUUUUACUUGGCCAAGAAGAUUUUUUACUUUUUGAACUUGGCAUGCAGCUGCUACUACUAAACUAAGUCUAUGGCUUGCACAAUGAACAAAUAUAGCUUUAUGAUUAAGAGCUUUUAUUCGAGAAGCAACUCCUUCAUAUUUACCUGCCAUACAACCCGCACCGCCAUACCCUUGGCCUCUACAAUUUUGAAUAUCAAGUCCAAACUCUUAAAGUGCAUUAAGUACAUUUAGAGACUAAGACCAGAUGUACCAGUCUUGCAAUCAAUAAAUCUUAAGAAAUCCUCGCAAAUCUCAUUAUUUGAAUUUACAUAUCUUAAAACAAGUGACAUUUGUUUAGUAUUUGAACAGUCAACUGCUUUAUCACAAAGAAUUGAAAAAAAAAUUGAAUGCUUGACAUUUUUUAUUAAAACUUUCUCAAUUGCUUUCCCACAAGAAUCAAUAAGUUGGUUUUGGGUAGUUUUUGAUAUAUAGGUUGCAUUUUUUGGACUU